AUGCGCAUCAAUCCAGCGACUGCCCUUGUGGCAUCCCUUGGAUUCGGACCUACAAGUGCGAUCAACAUUAUCUCUUCCAAUGACGACGGCUGGGCUGAAGUCAACAUUCGUGCCCUCUUCCAGUCACUGGUAGACGGGGGUCACUCCGUUGUCGUCUCGGCGCCUGCCCAAGAUGAGAGCGGAACUGGCUCCUCUCAAAAGACCCCGACUGUCCUUACCGAACCUUGUGAAUUCGAUAGCUGUCCAGCUGGCAGCCCGGCCGUUGGAUACAAUGCGUCGGAACCUCGUCUUAACUAUGUCAAUACUUAUCCGGCAACUUCGAUAAAAUAUGGAAUCAACUCCAUCGGCCCUAAAUUCUUCGAUGGUGCUCCAGAUCUUGCCGUGACUGGCCCUAAUGUGGGCAACAACAUUGGCUUAGAGGUUUUGCUCUCCGGUACUGUAGGAGCUGCUACCUAUGCUGCGCAUAAUGCAGGAAUCCCCGCCAUCGCGUUCUCUGGGGCAACUGGCUCACAGACUGCAUGGAAUGCAUCGUCGACUUUCCCAGCCUACAGUCAGGUAUAUGCUGAGCUUUCGCUCAAUCUGACUGAUACUUUGGUGGCUUCGGGGACGCCGUGUCUUCCAGACGGCGUCUGGCUCAAUGUCAACUACAACUCUGUUACGUCUGAUUGUGUCACGGCAGAUGACUUUUCCUUCAUCCUUUCGCGUAUCCAUGUUGCGUUGCCUCUCCUUACACCUGAAGACGUGACAACAUGCGGUAGCUCGCGUCUCCCCAGUGAGCUUGAGAUUUCGGCGAAGUCCGGCUGCUAUGCUAGCGUGUCUGUAGGGAUGGCUGAUACUAAGGGGGAUGCUAAUGCCACAGUGCAAGCGGUUAUUCUGAAAAAGCUAAGUAAUCUGCUCACCUGUCUUUCUUGA